AUGGCGGACUCAGACAUCCCAGAGGCGCCCGCUUGGGAUAUCUCGAAGGUGCCAAACGAGAUCUGGAUCAAGAUCUUUCACGCGUUGGACUUUGACUACCCUGCACUGGGGGCUGUGUACGCAACUUGUGGGAAAUUUCAUCAAUGUGUCCAACCCGCAUUGUUCUACCACCUGCAUGUUCACCUGGUUGAGAACACCGUCUUUGAGUAUAACCCGUUUGAAAAGCGUAUCGCAUACCAUAGAACCUGGGUUCAGUUCAAGGAUGUUCGUGUCUUAGAGAUCUCCGACACUCAUACGCACGUUGAAUGCAUGACCCGUGUCAGCCGCUCUCUUCGAAGCCUGUUUAGAUUGAUUCCAAGAGUCAGAAUCAUCAAGUGGAGGUCACGCCUCGAGAUCGACCAGACGAUCCUUGAGAUGUUCACGUUUCUCCAAAGGCCUAUAAUCCUUGACAUCCAAGGCGCCCAUGAGAUAUUCGACUACAAUGCCACGAUUCGCCCCAUCUUGAGAGCCUGUCCACUCAUGAACAUCCGGUCGCUGGACAUCAACAUGGAGAACUGGGACCAGGAGUAUCAGGAACUGAAGGGUAACCUUUUCCCCAUCUGCUCGGUGCCCACACUGGAGGCGCUCACCUUGACCUAUCGCGCUACUGCUCCCGGCUUCAGGGUAUGCAAUGUCCGGGUUCAGCGUGGCUGCAGACUGGCGCCCUUGAAGUCUCUCCGUCUUUACAACGUCUGCUUUGUAGGAGAAGAUGGAAGCGACUGGACAAGGUGCCUCAACGGCCUAGCUUUACGCCACCUGACAUUGGACGGUUACUUCGUGAGCAUGGUGCCAUUGAAGCUUCUCGCAGGCAAAGUGCCCAAUCUGAAAUCGCUGUCGGUGCGUCUCCGUAACGAAGAAGACCAGAUCCAUGAGCCGGUGUCUUUCGAUAUCAUGGAGAACUUUCUGAUCGAUGCUGCGCCCGGGAUGUCAUACAUGCUGUCAUCGUUUCUUCGCGGUGUGCGCGCCCUGGAGGAGUUCAGCGGAUAUGAUCUGCCCCUUAAGACCCUGGAAGACGUGAUGGUGUUCCAGGGACAUGCUCUGGAGACCUUACGCUUCCGUGAUACCGUCGCCCGCAAGUCUAAUCGUGGUCACGGAAGCGUCUUUCUCGGUUGUCGCGAAUUGAUGUGGAUGAGUAUCAGGCUCCCGGCUCUUCGGAGACUAGGAAUUACGAUGGCGAUCGGCUCGCAGACUGUUCCGAUGCUCAACUACAUCUCCCGUUUCCCGAACCUGACCCACCUGGAACUCAGCACUCCUCCCAUUCUAGACCCGGCCGAUCUCGCCCAUCGAACCAACACCAGGAACAACAACGCCGCGAACGAAAGACCACCCCCUCCCUCUCGCUCUCUCCCAAAGCCCAUACCCGAGUCCCUAGUCCAGAACAUAUUCCACUACGUCGCCGGCCGAAAAGCCUACUACUCCGCCCUGACUGGCAACAACCGCUGGAAAUCGUUCGACCGUCUAGAGUUCACCGCUCGCGAAUACGAACCCAUGAUCGAAGGCAUGCCGUUGGCGUUCUGGGGCUUGAGAAAGGUCAGCAUAUCCACCUGUACGCGCAAGAUCGGUGCCCCCGGCGAGGUCGAGCUGUCUGUCGUUACGGCGCGCGGAUGGUCGCUUAUGUGCGUGCACAGAUAUAAUCAGGUUUUGAAUGCUGCUGGGGUCUGGGAUCGUCGUGGUGUGUAUGCCAUUAGCGAUGCGAAUGGGCUUGAUUGUUUGAUUGACUGA